AUGGGAUCACCUCUUGGACCGCUCCUUGCAAAUGUUUUUAUGGGCAAAGUUGAGAAGACAAGAUUACGAGAUGCCAUUAAUGAUCUCGUCUUCUACGGUCGGUACGUGGACGAUAUCUUCUGUCUGGCUGAUGGUACCACCGAUAUCGAUGGCCUUGUCCAAAAGUUCAACAGUGCGCACCCCUCGCUAAAGUUCACUGCAGAGACCGAGUCAGAUAACGAACUUGCCUUUCUCGAUGUCCUUCUACACAGACAGGAGGAUGGGUCUAUCCAGCGCAGGGUGUUCCGAAAGAAAACCUGGACGGGGCAGUACAUUAAUUUCCACAGUUUUGUUCCCCUCAACAUCAAACGAAAUCUAGUCCAGGGAUUGGCAGCUAGAGUGAGGCGCAUCUGCUCACCUGAAACUAUUGAAGCAGAGCUCCAACAUCUGCAGAACACACUUCGCGAGAACGGAUAUCCAGAUAGAUUUAUCCUCCGAAAUAUUGGGGAACGCAUUGCAAAGCCCACUGUUGCGACUGCAGUAAAAAAAAGACGUAUUCAUAAGACUGUCUUUUCGCAGGGGACGCAGCGAGCGAAAUAG